CCGAUAAAUAGCUGAUCUGCACGGCUCGAAGGCGUCGCAGACCUCAACCGGAUCCCGGACCUCUCCAGUUUUCCCCCUGAACGGAGCUACCGACACCGAGUAACCAUGCCUCACGCCUAUCCUUUCCUGAGCCCAGAGCAGAAGAAGGAGCUGAGUGACAUCGCUCACAAGAUUGUCGCCCCCGGCAAAGGCAUCCUCGCCGCUGAUGAGUCUACCGGUAGCGUUGCUAAGCGCUUCCAGAGCAUCAACACCGAGAACACUGAGGAGAACCGUCGUAUCUACCGCCAGCUGCUGUUCACCGCUGACAAGGAGAUCGACAACUGCAUCGGAGGUGUCAUCCUGUUCCACGAGACCCUGUACCAGAAGGCUGACGAUGGCAGGACCUUCGCACAGGUCAUCAAGGACAGGGGCUGGGUUGUCGGCAUCAAGGUUGACAAAGGUGUGGUGCCUCUGGCAGGAACCAAUGGAGAGACCACCACUCAGGGUCUUGACGGCCUGUACGAGCGUAUGGCCCAGUACAAGAAGGACGGCUGUGACUUCGCCAAGUGGCGUUGCGUCCUGAAGAUCACCCCCACCACCCCCUCCCGCCUCGCCAUCAUGGAGAACGCCAACGUGCUGGCCCGCUACGCCAGCAUCUGCCAGAUGCACGGCAUCGUGCCCAUUGUUGAGCCCGAGAUUCUCCCCGACGGCGACCACGACCUGAAGAGGACCCAGUACGUCACUGAGAAGGUCCUGGCCGCGUGCUACAAGGCUCUGUCCGACCACCAUGUGUACCUGGAGGGUACCCUCCUCAAGCCCAACAUGGUCACCGCCGGACACUCCUGCUCCCACAAGUACAACACCCAGGAGAUCGCCAUGGCAACCGUCACCGCUCUGCGCCGCACCGUCCCCCCCGCUGUCACCGGCAUCACAUUCCUGUCCGGCGGUCAGAGUGAGGAGGAGGCGAGUGUGAACCUGAGCAGCAUGAACUCCUGCCCGCUGGGCCGGCCCUGGGCCAUCACCUUCUCCUACGGGCGCGCUCUGCAGGCCUCCGCACUCAAGGCCUGGAGCGGCAAGAAGGAGAACAUCAAGGCCGCGCAGGCCGAGUUCAUCAAGAGGGCACACGCCAACAGCCAGGCUUCCCAGGGCAAGUACGCCUCCAAGGGCGAGGGCGGAGCCGCAGCCGGAGAGUCCCUCUUCGUGGCCAACCACGCCUACUAGGCACCCCGCGCACCCCGCGCACCCUGCUCUACGCUCCCACCUGCUACCAGGACCGCUCGCCACAGGGUUCCACGUGGGGGUGUGUGUGUGUGUGAGUGUGUGAAGUCUUCCCUCCACUGCGGGGGUUAGACAGACGACCUCCACCCUCCACCCCCCACCCCCUCCUGGCUGAGCACCUGAGUACCUGAGAGGAUCCACUUGACAUCUGCCUCCAUUCCCAAAGUCCCGGGCGAACCAACGAACGCCCUCACCUGAAUUAUUGUUCGAUAUAGUUCUGUCAUUCUUUCUUUCUAUCUCUCUUUCUUUCCUUCUCUCUUUCCUUCUGUUCUCCCGAUCCCUUUAUUUUAUUUGUUUUUUGUAGAAAAGUAUUGCUCCUUUGGUCUUGUAACAGGUGCGCUCUGCGCGUUUCAAAGACGAUGGAAUAAAACACCUUUCUAACAGUA